GGAGCAGUUUUAAUGUUGACGAGACCGACAGUCACGUGACUUUCAACAAUAGCCAGAUUUAAUGGGAUCCUCCCACCAGAAGUUUCUACUGUCCUUAUACUUUUUAAACACUCGAAACAAAAGUAAUUAAUUUCCAGAGGGGCUACUCUUUGAGUGUUUGUGAUCUCUCAAAUCUGCCAUGCGAACUCCUGGGAUUUUUAUUUUCGGGAUGGUGUUCGCGCCGUGCGGGUGGAUUCUGGAGCUGGUCAGCACAGUGGCUCCAGGCUGGCGCACGAUCAACAACAUCCCCGGAGAAUCCAUCGAUCUGGUCCUCCAGCAAGGAUUAUGGGACAUCUGCAAGACUUACUCAUCGUCCCGGGAUAUUCAGUGCAACCAGCCGGACACUCAGUACUUCGGCGCGCAGAUCAUCCAGAUCGCGCGAGGCUUGAUGCUGGCGUCACUCAUCCUCAAUGUCAUCGCUUUCGGCGUGGCGUCGGUCGGAGUCCGGUGCUGGAGAGACACCCCGCACUGGACGGUCGCGGGCGUCGGAGGUGUCCUCAUCUUCAUCUCAGGGGUCCUCACCAUCAUCCCAGUGGCGUGGUACACUCACAUGAUGACCUCCAUCUUCUCCACGUCCACCGACAUUCGUGUGGGAUACUGCCUGGUGCUGGGCUUCAUCGGCGGGUGCAUGGAGGUGCUCGGGGGUUUGGUGAUGUCCAUCGGGUUGUGUCGGCGCUGUGACGGACGGAAGCCGAGGACAGACACGCGCAGAAUCCCGGUGCCCAGUGUUAUCAGCGGGAGCAGUGUCCCGUACUACUCCAAACGCACUGAGAUGGACCUCACACGAGCGAAGACGCAACAGGACCGUCGACCAGUGAACACGACGACUAAAGCACAACCUUACGACUCAGAUUUGUAAAAUACUAAACUUUUAAACCUUGUGAACGCAAGACCCUUACGACAAACACCACUGUAACCAUCGAUCGCUUCCGCGUGAAAAUAGUUAGUAGAUAUAAAAUAGUAGUUUGUCAUUCAGAUUGAUCAAAUCAGUCUUUCCAAUCCCUGCUAAAAACAAAA